CCCAGGACGACUACAUUUGCUUUAGCUGACUGAAUAAUGAUCUGUCGAACAUCUGGAAAAUAUUUACUCUCUAGCGUCAAUGGAUGUUACUGCAGCAGUCAGCGUAUUCGUGAUGUGAUAUUUGAUGUGAUCGUAGUUGGGGGAGGCCAUGCAGGAUGUGAAGCUGCACAUGUUGCUGCUAGAAUGGGUGCAUCUACGUUACUCAUAACACACAAAAUUCAAAGCAUUGGUGAAAUGUCUUGUAAUCCAUCUUUUGGUGGGAUUGGGAAAGGUCAUUUAAUGAAAGAGGUGGAUGCAUUGGAUGGACUGUGUGCUAAAAUAUGUGACCGGGCUGGUAUACAUUACAAAAUAUUGAAUCGAAGGAAAGGACCUGCAGUAUGGGGUCCGCGAGCUCAGAUUGACAGGAACCUUUAUAAAACAUAUAUGCAAGAUGAACUAUUAAAUAUGCACAAUCUGACAGUGAAAGCUUCUUCAGUAGAGGAUUUAAUUGUACAGACAUGUCCUGUGGGUGGUGAAAUAAAAAAAAAUUGCAAUGGUGUUAUAACAGAGGAUGGUACAGCAAUACUUAGCAAGACUGUCAUAUUAACAACUGGUACAUUUUUACGAGGAGAGAUACAUAUUGGACUAGAAAGUAAACCAGCUGGUCGUCUUGGCGAUCAAGCGACUGUUGGAUUAGCAAAAACUUUAGAAGAUUCAGGAUUUCAAAUUGGAAGAUUAAAAACAG